CCAAAGCAGUUCUUACUCACCUGUGGGACCAGAACAUCUUGGGCUUGUGACAAUGGAAGAAUUGGAUGCCUUAUUGGAAGAAUUGGAACUUUCCACACUCCAAGACGAGAACUAUUCCGACCCAGCUCCUUUUCCCCUGGAUCAACAUUCCAGAAAGGAGAAUAACAACGCUGAGAAUUUAAAGGUCCUUUCCAGACCGCCUGAUGUGCAGCCUACAUAUGUUACCAAGAUCCAGAAACACACUGUCUACAGUAAGGUUCAAGAACCGAAAGAACCACCACCACCUCCUAAAACCACAGCAGCCUCUCAACUAGAUGAACUCAUGGCCAAUCUGUGUGAAAUGCAGCAGAAGGUUACAGCGAAACCAGAUGGCAGCAGGACACACUUGCCAGAUAAGCAGGACCACCAGGCCUCCCUGGAUUCGAUGCUGGGGGAUUUGGAGCAGGAUUUACUGGACCUUGGAAUUACCACAGUGCCCAAGGGUCACUGUGCUUCCUGCCAGAAACCAAUUGCUGGGAAGGUGAUCCACGCUCUGGGGCAGGCGUGGCACCCAGAGCACUUCAUCUGUACCCACUGCAAAGAAGAGAUUGGUGCCAGCCCCUUCUUUGAGCGGAAUGGCUUGGCCUACUGCCCUAAGGACUACCACCAUCUGUUUUCUCCUCGGUGUGCUUACUGCGCUGCCCCCAUCCUGGAUAAAGUGCUGACGGCGAUGGACCAAACCUGGCACCCUGAGCACUUCUUCUGCUCUCACUGCGGAGAGGUGUUUGGUGAAGAAGGCUUUCACGAGAAAGACAAAAAGCCAUAUUGCAGAAAGGAUUUCUUAGCCAUGUUCUCACCCAAGUGUGGUGGCUGCAACCGCCCAGUGUUGGAAAACUACCUUUCCGCCAUGAACACAGUGUGGCAUCCGGAGUGCUUCGUCUGUGGGGACUGCUUCAGCAGUUUUUCUACUGGCUCCUUCUUUGAACUGGACGGACGUCCCUUCUGUGAGCAUCACUACCACCUCCGCCAAGGGACCCUCUGCCACGGAUGUGGGAAGCCCAUCACCGGCCGCUGCAUCAAUGCCAUGGGAUACAAGUUCCAUCCUGAGCACUUUGUGUGUGCUUUCUGCCUGACACAGUUGUCGAAGGGCAUCUUCAAGGAGCAGAAUGGCAAGACCUACUGCCGACCUUGCUUCUCUAAGCUCUACUCACUGUAAUCUCAGCCAUAGCCCUGUCUGUCUCUCCACUUCCCCUACACUGUUGAAACCACAAGAGGAUUAUGCACAUUUGUUGCAGUUUAUUUUCUUUUUAAAAUUUUUCUAUUUGUUUACUUUUUGCUUUUUGGGUCACGCCCAGCGAUGCACAGGGAUUAACUCCUGGCUCUGCACUCAGGAAUUACUCCUGGCGAUGCCUGGGGGAUCAUAUGGGAUGCUGGGAAUCGAACCCGGUCCACUGCUUGCAAGGCAAAUGCCCUACCCACUGUGCUAUUACUCCAGCCCCUGCAGCUUAUUUUCUACUUGAUAGAUUGCUAGAAAAAAUAGAGGCGACAAUAAAGAAACUUGCAGGUCAGAUGUGAUUAAUCAUGUCGUCUUAGGUUUUAGAUUUCUAGUCUACUUUAGAAAAAAAUAAGUGCUUCGAUGUAGAUCUGAAUCCUGCGAUCUAUUCUCUCUAAUCCUGCAGACCUAUUUUCCUUGGGCAUGUAUUCAUCCCACCCAUGGAUUUUUCCAGCUUUUCCAGUUCCAUUUUUAUGAUAGCCCUGCCCUAUCUUUUCCCUUUUUUGUCCUCACCACUGUCUUUUUUAAUUUCCCCACAUUUCUCCGCGACUCAAUUUCCCAAAAUCAAACUUACAAAAUUUGUAUUCACCUAUGCAUACCUCCAGAUACAUCAGAUUAUAUAGAUUGUUUUCAUUUUUUGGGGUACGUAAAUUAUGUUAAUUUUUUUUGGUACGUAAAUUAUGUUUGAGAGGCUUCUAACAUCUCAGGGCUAGGACAAAUGGAGACAUUACUGGGACCACUCGAGAAAUUUGAUGAUCAAUGGAAGGAUGAUGAUAAUGAUGAUGAUGAUGAUGAAAUUAUGUUCAGUUUUCUUGUAUGUAGUCAGUAAUUCUGUUUUAUAGAAGUGACACAGACUUCUUUCUUAACUUGAUGAUUGUCUCACAAAGACAAACAAGAUGGCUAUCUUAAAGUAUCCAAGGGCAGAGAUACAGGAGGUCAUUUGUCAUUCUUUUUUUUUUUUUAGCUUAGAUUAGAAAACCAAAGCUCCAAAGGGAGAUAUCCACUUCAUAUUUUGUCUUGCUGCAAAAUAUUAAGUAAAUUUUUAGGCUAGCUCAUCAUAUAUUAAAGGAUUGCAUGAUCUCAUGGCCUAUCACAAAUAAGCUAAAGGAGUUAUACUUCCUCCAUAGAUAUUGCUAAGAUCUUUACUGCAAUUUUCCUACCAGGGUCUUACAAAUAAAGCCAUUACUUACUGUAGCACUGUAGUAGCACUGUCUUCCUGUUGUUCAUCAAUUUGCUCAAGUGAGCACCAGUAACAUCUCUGUUGUGAGACUUGUUGUUUUUGACAUAUCGAAUACGCCAUGGGUAGCUUACCAGCCUUACUUGCAAUACAAAAAUAUUAGAUUACUGAGGAAAACUUCACUGAUGAUGGUUUUAAAGUAAGUUUCAUUAGAUUGGUAUGGGACAGCUUCUUGGAGAAUUGAUGGAUUAAAUA